AUGAUGGUGUACACUCUAAAUGUUUUCCUGCUCUGCUCUUUGUGUGCUGCACAGGUUAUUAAAAUCACUCAGCCUGUUUCUUUCCAGUCAGUGAAGCCUGGAGACUCAGCUACUAUCCAAUGUCACAUAAAGAGUGACAUGUAUAAAAGAGUGUGGUACAAAUUGACUACAGGGAAGAUGCUGCAGCUUGUGACAGCGUUUGAUUUUCACUAUAAGCAUGUUGUUUUUGCUGAUGAAUUUCGACAACGUUAUUCAGUCAAAUUUAACAGCACCAGCAGUCAUCUGGACAUUUCUGCAACAACGUGGGAAGAUGUUGGCACAUACUACUGUGGAGUGAUGAAGUUAAAUGACAUUGAGUUUGGACCAGGAACCUUUCUGAUGCUAAAAGGUGCAAAGAUGAUCAGUGACUCUGUCAUCCAGAAGCCAGAGUCUGAGUCAGUGCAGCCAGGACGCUCUGUGACUCUCAGCUGUUCUGUUCACACUGACCACUGUGCAGCAGAACACACUCAUGUCCUGUGGCUGAAAAACUCUGAUCAUUCUGCUCCAGAGAUGAUUCACUCCUCUGGGAAUAAAAACAACAUCUGCCAGAAGACUGAGACUGGCUCUGGAGAAGCUACCUGUGUGUACCAUCUUCUUAUGAGGAACCUGAGCUCUGAUGAUGCUGGAACCUACUACUGUGCUGUGACUUCAUGUGGAGAAGUACUGCUGGGAAAAGGGACCAAGAUUAAAAUGAACAACACCAACAUCACCAAACCAGCUGUACUGAGUCCAGCUGUUAUUGCGCUGUUGCUGUCAAACAUCAGUCUUGGGAUUGUGAUUCUUAUUCUUACAAUGGUGAUUUGCAGAAGUUGGAGGAAAGUUCCUGCAGAGGUGAAUGAUGGAGCUUCUGAGGGCAAUCAGACUAAUGAAGCAGUCAUCUAUGCAUCGGUGUGUUCGGCACCCAGAAGCCUCUCCUCAAGGCAAGCUACAGUGAAACACAGUGGAGACUCUGUAGUUUACUCUGACAUCUGGCACUGUCAACAGAACCAAGAAGUUUCAUCUGGGGAAGGCUGCCAAACCACAGAAUGA